GCACAUCCGCCUUGGGCCUGGCCACCUCCGCAGCAGCCCUUGACACUGCCUGCUCCUGCCAUGGUGCUGGCCCUGCUGGGCGGAUGGAGCAGGAUCCCAAGCCGCCCCGUCUGCGGCUCUGGGCCCUGCUCCCCUGGCUACCCAGGAAGCAGCGGCCCAGGAUCGUUCAGUCCUCUCUGCCUGCCCCUGGCCCUGGUUCUGGCCCCCAGCGGGACUCGGAUGAGGGCGUCCUCAAGGAGAUCUCCAUCACGCACCAUGUCAAGGCAGGCUCCGAGAAAGCAGAUCCAUCUCAUUUCGAGCUCCUCAAGGUUCUGGGCCAAGGAUCCUUUGGCAAAGUCUUCCUGGUGCGGAAGGUCACCCGGCCUGACAAUGGGCAUCUCUAUGCCAUGAAGGUACUGAAGAAGGCAACAUUGAAAGUGCGUGACCGCGUUCGGACCAAGAUGGAGAGAGACAUCCUGGCUGAUGUCAACCAUCCAUUUGUGGUGAAGCUACAUUAUGCCUUCCAGACAGAGGGCAAGCUCUAUCUUAUUCUGGACUUCCUACGUGGUGGUGACCUCUUCACUCGGCUCUCAAAAGAGGUUAUGUUCACGGAAGAGGAUGUGAAGUUUUACCUGGCAGAGCUAGCUCUGGGCCUGGACCACUUGCACAGCCUGGGCAUCAUUUACAGGGACCUCAAGCCUGAGAACAUCCUUCUGGAUGAAGAGGGCCACAUCAAACUCACUGACUUUGGCCUGAGCAAGGAGGCCAUUGAUCACGAGAAGAAAGCCUACUCGUUCUGCGGGACCGUGGAAUACAUGGCUCCGGAGGUUGUCAACCGCCAGGGCCACACCCACAGUGCAGAUUGGUGGUCCUAUGGCGUGUUAAUGUUUGAGAUGCUGACGGGCUCCCUGCCCUUUCAGGGGAAGGACCGAAAGGAAACCAUGACCUUGAUUUUGAAGGCGAAGCUAGGCAUGCCCCAGUUUCUGAGCACGGAAGCCCAGAGCCUCCUGCGGGCCCUGUUCAAGAGGAACCCUGCCAACCGGCUCGGUUCUGGCCCCGACGGAGCAGAAGAAAUCAAGCGGCACAUCUUCUACUCCACCAUUGACUGGAACAAGCUCUACCGUCGCGAGAUCAAGCCACCCUUCAAGCCCGCUGUAGCUCAGCCCGAUGACACCUUCUACUUUGACACUGAGUUUACCUCCCGCACGCCAAGAGAUUCCCCAGGCAUCCCCCCCAGCGCUGGAGCCCAUCAGCUAUUCCGUGGCUUCAGCUUCGUGGCCACUGGCCUCAUGGAGGAUGAUGGGAAGCCUCGGACCACACAGGCGCCCUUGAACUCAGUGGUACAGCAACUCCAUGGGAAGAACCUGGUGUUUAGUGAUGGCUACGUGGUAAAGGAGACGAUCGGUGUAGGCUCCUACUCUGUGUGCAAGCGCUGUGUCCACAAGGCCACCAACAUGGAGUACGCUGUCAAGGUCAUCGACAAGAGCAAGCGGGAUCCUUCAGAAGAGAUUGAGAUUCUUCUGCGGUAUGGGCAGCACCCCAACAUCAUCACCCUGAAAGAUGUGUACGAUGAUGGCAAACACGUGUACCUGGUGACAGAACUGAUGCGGGGCGGGGAGCUGCUAGACAAGAUCCUGCGGCAGAAGUUCUUCUCGGAGCGGGAGGCCAGCUUCGUCCUGCACACCAUCAGCAAGACUGUGGAGUAUCUGCACUCACAGGGGGUUGUCCACAGGGACCUCAAGCCCAGCAACAUCCUAUACGUGGACGAGUCUGGGAACCCCGAGUGCCUGCGCAUCUGUGACUUCGGCUUCGCCAAGCAGCUGCGGGCUGAGAACGGGCUCCUCAUGACGCCUUGCUACACAGCCAACUUCGUGGCACCCGAGGUGAGUGGGGGCGACAGGAAGACUUAG